CUAAAAUUAUUGCCUUAAUUCAAUUGAUCAGGUGCAAGCUGUGCCGCAUCUAUGUAGCUGUAUAUAUGGUGUGUGAAAGUAUGCAAUUGACCAACUUCUGAAAAGAGGCAUAGAAAAAGUUCAAAUAAGAAUAUCUAUGUAAAAAACGUAUGUGGUUUUAGAAAGAACGCUUGCAACUAAAGGUGAAUCUGACAAGGAUAGAUUUUAAAUUUUCCAAUUAAAUGAUUGUGGAUUUUCAAGGUGUUAUUAAAACUGUGUGUAUUUACAAGAACACUAUUUGGAAUUUUCAAGGUGCUAGGAAAACAAUUAACAGCAAUGGAAGAAAUAAAAUGUUUAAAUGUGGUAGAAAGAAAAUGUUAAUAUCGAUUGGAAAUAAAGAUGACAUUUAAGUUGACAUUUUGUACAACUUCAGCACCACAAUUAAUUUUAGACUGACCUUCAUAAUGCACAAAAUGCAUUAACAUUUCAAUGUGAAACUAUCAUAGCAUGAUUGCAUUACCUGUAUAAUAUUUGUGAUUAACUUUGAAGGAAAAGUUCCUUAUGUUUGUGCAGUUAGUUUUUAUUCUUGCUUUUGCUGGAUCAUUUGAAUUCCAUCCACUGAACUACCUGGACAAUGUACAUGAUGAGAUUGUCCCAAGAGGCUUUUAUAGAGUAUUUCCAUGGAAGAAUUCGACAUGUACAGACAUAUCAUGUGAUAGAAAGAGCAAAGGAAAGAGAAAGAAGGUAAAAGUCCAUCCUCUGAAUGACGUGGCUUUCUCUCAGGAUUCCAUAAGAAAUACAUUUAAAGAGGGUAUAUUGAAAGACAUGUUGAUUGGAACAGUGUUAGAUUCUAUUUUGGAAGGAAAUAACACAUACCUUGAAUUCAUUUUAAAUAUGGAAGAAGCUGCGUAUAAGGAACCAAAGAAAUACUAUGCCAGAAACAAUAGGAGUCUCUGGGUUUUAAAACAACUUUCUCUAAAUACCUAUGCCAAGGAAUUCGAAAUAUGGCGGUCAAAUUGGAAAAUUAAAGAACGUAGGUUUACCACAAAAAACGAUGGAAGGAAAAUUUUGAUCAGAGGAAAUCCUGGAGGAAAAUACACAAAGCUUGGAGAAUUCUGGGACAUUGCUAAUCAGUCUUAUCUUAUGACCUUUACAGAGAGAAAAAGAUUACAAAUAUGAAGAAGAUGAUAAACAUUAGUGUGCAGAUUUUCAUCAAGGAAAUUCGGAAUGAUUAUGAUUUUCCAUAUACUAAAAAAGUACAGAUAACUUUAAUAUUACAUUUAGAAAGUGUAAAGAAAUUGAUUGGUGUUUUGGUGAGAUUGUAUUACAUACAAGUGUU